UCCAGACGCGCGCAGUUCCACGGCGAGCGCACGGCGUGGCACGACCUCCUCGCGACGCACUGCCCGACGUUCGAUCGCGACGGCGUCGUCGCGGUGCCGCUGCCGAGGCCGACGAACCUGAGCGACGACGACGCGUACAAGAUACGACUCUCGUUCGACAGCGACAGACACCACACGGACUGGAUGACGGUGAUACCGGAGAAGAAGGAACCACCUGUGCCGAUGAUCGACGUCGCCUUCUACGUCGACGACGGACGCGUCGUCGCCGUCGCCGCUCAGGUCGUUCCACUCCCGCGCGCGUACCUCCGCGAACACCGCGCGCUCGUCGCGGAGCAUCACGACCGCGGCGCGUGGCCGAAGCACGUCAUCGUGAGGUAUCGGUGGAAGAAGCGAUUCCGCGUGGACGUGAACGGCGGC